UAUUGUGGUGCACAAGAUUGAUUUGACAAACCCAGGCCUCUCCAGACAUGAUGAGACAAGCAAGCACAUGGAGAGACAGAUUAACACUUGCUUUAUUCUACUGAUAUGAAACUGUGUUGUGAAUAUGGCAUCUUCUGGAAACUGAACCCUGUGAUAACCUGUGGUAUUGAUUUCUCUUUCUGGGGAUCAACACGAAAGAAUCAGCUGAUAGGAAAAGUAUUGUUGAGGACCUGAUUUGCCAUGGCUGAGCAGCAGAGGCAGCGCACUCUCUCCACCUCUGGAGAAUCACUCUAUCAUGUGCUCAGUGUCGACAAACUGGCCACUGUCGAUGACAUCAAGAAGUCAUACAGGAAAUUGGCAUUGAAAUAUCACCCUGACAAGAAUCCUGACAACCCUGAGGCAGCUGAUAAGUUUAAAGAGAUAAACAAUGCCCAUGCCAUUCUUAACGACCCAACAAAGAGAAACAUCUAUGACAAGUAUGGCUCUCUGGGACUGUAUGUGGCUGAACAGUUUGGUGAAGAGAACGUCAACACUUACUUUGUCCUGUCCAGCUGGUGGGCCAAGGCUCUGUUUAUUUUCUGUGGCCUGGCUACAGGCUGCUACUUCUGCUGUUGCCUGUGCUGUUGUUGUAACUGCUGCUGUGGGAAGUGUAAACCACGGCCACCUGAGGGACAGGAACAGGAAUUCUAUGUCUCCCCUGAAGACUUAGAGGCCCAACUGCAGUCUGAUGAGAGAGAGGCAGGUGGAGGUGAGCCCAUCGUGAUGCAGCCCACGUCUGCCACAGAAACCACCCAGCUAACGUCUGACGGUUACCAUACUACUUACCACACUGACACCGGCUUCAAUUAAAUGCCCCACUCUCUUCACCUCCACCCUGGGGAUUGUCUCUCACCACUCUGCGUCAUCUCCCCAAGAGGAAAAAAAAAAUGAAUGGAAAGAAUCCUUCAACUACAAUUAAAAAAGCCUGUUUUUGAGAGGAGGAAAGCCGAAAGCUGAAUUCUUUAGCGUAUCCUGUCCCUUAUUCAUGCACCACUUCCAUCACCCACACAAGAGUUGCUCACAUUCGCCUCACCGUACCGUAGUUUAUAAAACGAGCUUAAGAAAAAAGAUUAAAAAAAGAUCCUGUUGUUGACCCUGAUCUCUUUGUUGCCUUUGACCUCCAAUCUUGCCUUCCACUCGUUCCCUUGCUCCUCCAGCCAGAUUUGCUCGUCGUCCUGUGGCAUGCACUGUUCCUUGACUUCGUUUUUGGUAUAUUUAUUGACAUGAAAUGUUUGUUCCCAUUUAUAAGUACUUGAGUGUGGUUUAAAUUUGACUCUGUGAACUUGCCAUAGGUGUUGGAAGACUAGUGCGACUGCGCUGAGAAACAGCAGGAAUAUAUUGCAUUUUUAAAAUCUCAAAUAUUCUGUUCGCAUACCUCACCAAUAUUCCUGGUUUGAAUCUUCCGUGUCCCUGUAGGCAAUUUGAUCUGCUUUGUGUCAUGAAAUUGAGUUCAGUUUUGAAAUUAACAGCAACAUUCAACGUUAAUUGGGUUCUUUGGAUUAUUUUGCUUUGUUUAUCCAUAAGUAGUGUUGUUUUUUGUUUUAUUCGAGCUUUUUCAGAGAGAGAUACAAAUGAUGCAAUUUCUAAUAUUUCAUUCCUUCCUAGUAUUUUGCUCAUUUACAUCUGGGUGUUGGUGUUCCUGUCUUAUUCUGAGAACCAUUUGUAACAAGCUGAGCCAAACUUAGGACUCUUCCCUGUAUAUGGAAUGGAUUUAACUGUCAUCUCUGUGUAGUGUG